AUGAAGAUGUCUAGAGUCUCAUCCGACGAUGACUUAGAGAUAAAGGGUGGCCAAUGGUCACAGAGAAAUCCAACAUUUUAUAAGCAAUUCAGCUCUCUUCUUAGAAGAUCAAUGCUUAUUAAGAUUAGAGAUUGGAGCUCAAUUGUUGCUGAAGUAAUCUCAGUAGUCAUCAUUGUUUUCAUGGUAGUCUUUUGGAGAAUGUCCAGAUCACCAAAUGAAGAAAUCAAAAAUCCAGCUGUUCAAACAAGCGACGAAAUGUUCGGUUCAACAAUUGUUGAUUACAUGAAAGUUUCUGCGCUCGGUGGUGGUGGAAACUUUGCUGCAGCUCCAAAUAAUGACCAUACUAAGAAGAUGAUCAACGAUUAUUGGAACAGCAGAACAAUAUCAAUUUAUGAUUCUACAGGAAAAGUUACAGAUGAAGUAAAUCUUUCAAAAAUGUUCACAUAUUUAUCAUCACUCGAAGAUUUCCCAGAGAAUUUCCAGUCUACAGACAAGUCAUCGAUUGGAGUUUAUCUUGCAAAUGCAGAUGAAGACGGAUACUAUAGAAAUAUGACAACAAAUUUAUUACAUAACAAUGAUUUUGCAAGCAUGUUCACUAGUAUGUCAGAUAUGGCUGCUAAUUUUGCUUUUGAAAUGACAGGAAAGUCUCUCACAGAAGCUUUCACGGCAUAUAAUGCAAAACUCCAAGCUUACAUUGAUUCACUUCCAGCUGACAAGGCAGAACUUAAAGAAAACCUUACAAAAGAGCUUCUUACAAUUCCAACAGAUGGUUAUACAAGUCCAAAUAUUGGUGGGCUAGUCAUGUCAAGGCCAAAGACAACAACAUCACUUCCACUUAACCUUGCUAUGGCUUUCUUUUCAUCAAUUCCAUGCAUCAUUUCUGCUAUGCCUGACUUGUCACUUAUCUUAGAAGAUAAGGAGUCACAUAUGAUGACAUUCAUAUUCUUAAUGGGUGCUAGUGAAUCAUCCUAUUACCUUGUUGCCAUUCUCACAACCUUUCUUACAUGUAUCAUUCCAUACAUCAUUAUCAGCAUUAUUUUCUCUGCCUUUGCUGUUAUGAAAAGAACAAACUUCCUACUUGUUUUCAUCCUUUCAAUACUAUUUAUUAUUUCCUAUAUUCAGUUCCAGAACUUCUUGAGUACUUUCUUUAAGAAGAAAGGAAGUGGUAGAGUUAUCACUGUUGUUUUCCUCAUUCUCGUUAUCUUUUUUGGUUAUCUCAAUAACCAAUUCACAAGGAAGGCUUCUAGUGGAGUUAAACACAUAUUCUCAAUCAUUCCAUUCGAGGCAUGGGAACUUGCAGUUGAUGUUAUGUUCGAAGAAGUAAGAAAUAGCAGACCACCACUCGGCUGGGGAGAUGUUGGUAGAAAUGAUUUAUCAUAUCCUCUCUGGUAUGCUUUCUUGUGGUUCAUACUCGACACAUUUAUCUGGGGUGGUUUAUUCAUCUUAUUCAAUGCAACAAUGGAUAGAGGAUUCGGAGCACCACCACUCAGAUGGACAGAUAUCUUCCACUUAAACUUCAAAGGCAAGGAAGAAAUCAAGCUCGAAGAUAUUAGUGAUAACAAAUCUCUCAUCAAAGUUGACAACCUCACAAAGAUAUACCCAACACAGAGGAACAAGAACAAACCAGCUAUUGACGAUAUUUCCUUUGAUAUUAAGAAGGGUGAAAUCAUUGUCAUGAUUGGUCCAAAUGGUGCAGGCAAGUCAUCAAUCAUCAAUGUCGUUUCUGGCGCACUUCCAGCAACAAAAGGUACAAUGUCUCUUGGUAAUAAGCCAGCAACAGACAGAUUUGGUGGUAUUCAGAACUGCCUUGGCAUUGUUUUUCAGGAUAAUGUAAUUUACAAACUUCUCAGCAUCAGAGAGCAUCUUGAGAUCUUUGGACGUAUCAGAGGUAUCGACGAAUAUACUCUCCAAAACUCAAUUGAUUUCUUCGCCGACAAUCUUCAACUUCGUGAAAUGCUUCCAAACCGAGCUGGUGACUUGUCAGGUGGUCAGAAGAGAAAGCUUUGCAUUGCUCUUUCACUCCUUGGUAAUCCACCAAUAAUCAUGAUGGAUGAACCAACAGCAGGCGUUGAUGUUCAAGCAAGACAACUUAUCUGGAAGACAAUUUCCACCCUCAAAGAAAGUACAUGCAUCAUCACAACACAUGCUCUUGAAGAAGCUGAAGCAGUUUCAUCAAGAAUGUUCGUUAUCUCUGGUGGUAAAGUUCCAUUCAGUGGAACAUCAACAGAGUUGAGAAGCAAAUUCAAAUGUGGAUAUCUUCUCAGACUCGACUGCGAACCAGAGAAAAUGAGUAAGAUAUUAAAGACAUGCAAGGAGUUCAUCAAGGAAGCGACAAUGCUUGAAGAACGUGAUGAUACAAUUUGUGUUCCAGUGAACAAGAACAUUGGCAAGCUACUCAAGCAUCUCGAUGCAAACAAGGAAUCUCCUGGAAUCGAUAAAUAUUCCUUCUCCGUUGAGCAACUUGAAGAUGUACUUCUCAGAAUUCUCGAACAUAACUAA